UUUAAAUGUAAUGUAUUACUUAUAUAAAUUCUUGGAUAAGUGAUAGCUGAUUAAUAUAUUACGUAACAUAAUUAAAUAAUGAUAAUUUUUAAAUUAUAUUAAAACAUAUUUACCUUUUUGAAAUUGACAUUAAUAUAUUUAAAAAAAAAAUAUUUUGAAAUGGCUGGAACAGAUGGUACAAAUUUCAGUCAGCUUUACAAUGAGACUGAAUUUUAUAUUGGAAUGGGAUUAGCAAUAAGUUCAAGUAUAUUCAUCGGGUCAAGUUUUAUUAUAAAGAAAAUAGCAUUGAUUAGGCUUAGUAGGAUGGGAUCACUUCGUGCUGGAUCUGGAGGUUUUGGAUAUUUAAAAGAAUGGAUUUGGUGGGCAGGUUUAUUAUCAAUGGGAAUUGGUGAGGCGGCUAAUUUUGCUGCUUAUGCAUUUGCUCCAGCAUCUUUAGUUACUCCAUUAGGUGCAUUAAGUGUUCUUGUCGCAGCUAUUUUAUCUUCCAAAUUUUUACAUGAAAACUUGAAUUUACUUGGGAAACUUGGAUGUUUCUUAUGUAUACUUGGAUCGACAAUAAUAAUUAUACAUUCGCCAAAGGAGGAAGAAAUCGAUUCACUAGCAAUGCUCUUAGAAAAAUUACAAGAUCCCGAAUUUAUUUUAUACGUAUUAUUUGUAAUAAGUGUUGCUGUAUCAAUAGCCUUCUAUUUUGGACCUCGAUAUGGACAUCGUAAUGUUACCGUUUACAUAAUAUUAUGUUCAGCUGUUGGUAGUUUAACUGUUAUGUCUUGUAAAGGUUUAGGUUUAGCAAUUAAAGAAACACUCGGUGGUAAAAGUAAUGAGUUUGGUAAUUGGUUAACAUAUUUUUUCUUGGUAACCGUAAUCAUUUGUAUAUUUAUACAAAUGAAUUAUUUAAACAAAGCAUUAGAUUUAUUUAAUACCGGUAUUGUAACACCCGUUUAUUAUGUAUUUUUUACAACACUUGUUAUUAUCGCAUCCGCUAUACUUUUUAAAGAAUGGAAAAAUUUACAAGCACGAGAUGUUGUUGGUAAUUUAUGUGGAUUUUUGGUAAUUGUUGUUGCAAUUGUAUUAUUGAAUGCAUUCAAAGAUUUAGAUAUAUCGAUGAAUGAUGUACGUGGUAUAUUGAAACCGAAACGUGAAAUGUUAUCAAAUGUACGGAUUCAUGAACAGAGUUUGUUUAAGAAUGACAGUAGUUUAGAACAAACUUAUGGCAGUAAUAGUAGUACGGUCUCGCGUGCUAUGUGACAUGAUAUUAAACGGAAAUAGAGAGGGUAUGUGUUCAUCCCUAUAUUUAAUUUAAGUACUAAAAAGAAAACGCGAAACUUUUAAUUUUAAUUUACGUUAAAAAUACAUAAUAUUUGUAUGUGACUUUGUUUCCCUUGGUUCUUCUGGGUUCUACUAGGACAUCAUUCACCAAUACAUUAUGGGAUCGAAAGUGUCAAGGCUAUCGAAAAUUAAGAGUCAUUAAAAUAAAUAAAAUAAGUUCAAAGUUUGCAAUGAUGUACUUUUAAUAUCCGUUUAAGUUUUCCAUGCUGUAGUUUAAUAAAAACCCAAAAAGGAUUUCUAUAGUACAUAAGUUUAUCUUUAAUUUGAACGCGAGAAUUAAAAAAACAUUCAUUUUUCAAGUUUUGGUGAAGGUGAAAUAAAAAAAACUCUGAUUUUUGCCCAAAAUUACGUCUUACAUAUUUGCUCAUAUCUGAUUAACGAAAAAUCGUACAGACAAAAAAAAAACAUCAAAUGAGCGGGGAAAAAUACAGCAGCUGUCUAACGAGUAUAAAAGUUUUAAAUAAAGGAUCGUAAAACGUACGCAAGGUCAAUCCAGAUUUUUUUUUUCAAAAGCGUGCUGAAUUUUUGAAAUUGACCUCUGGAUGUGGAAGAGUCAAAAAGGGUUUAAGGACAACAAAGGUACAUGCAUGCAAAUAUUUUGUUUUUUUAAAGGAAAAAAUAUUGCGUUUUUUUUAUUGUUUAAUGUAUUUACAAAAUCGAAUUUUUUUGAUAUUAUUAUUCCGUAUAUUUUAAGAGGAUUUAGAAUCAUAGCCUAAUAAUUAAUAUUAAUUAGGAUCAAUUAAACUAAUUCUAAUUAAAAUUUUUAAUAUCGGGUAAUUAAUUGAAUAGAAAACCUUACGCAAAACUUGAUACAUGACAUAUAAGUGUGUAGAUCAUAGACUUAUAUAUUUAAAACAUGCAUUAUUUCGAGACUCUGAGUAGAUUUUUAUAACUAAGUGAAAAAAUAGCCUAAUAUAUUUCUAAUAAAAUACGCAAUCUCGGUAUUUAUCAUCAAAUUUCGAAUUUUGUUGGGUGUUUUUUUUUUUUUUAUUAUUGGAAAAAUCCCGAAUAAAUGUGAAGUUCCAAUGUAUGAGGUGUAUGUAUUUAAAAAUAAUUAUAUUGGUUUUGAAACUUCGUAUAGAACCCCCUAUUAUUGUCAAAAAAAUUUUGUCAAAUAGAUAAUGAUGGUCCAAAUUCAAUCAUAUCAAUAAUAUUUUACAAUUAAAUUUAAUUUUCUUAAUGUAUUAGAUCUAUAUGAAGCCAAUUAGAGAAAUAAUAAUAACGAAAACCACUUUUUAUUCUCAUAGACCCAUAUUUACGCUUCCGUGGACAUUUUACGCCUUGGAUCGACCCCAAAGUGGUCGAUAUAGACCACUUUGGGAAUUACUUAUUUCGAUAUUUUUACUUAAUAGAACUCCGACUGAUAAGAUCUAUAAAAAGUUGGAAUUUCGAACUUACUUUAAAACCUUCGUAAUCAAAAUUUUGUUAACUUUUCUGAGAAUGCUACGAAAUUUUCUUCUAGUAUUUAUUUUUUUUUAUUAGGUACUGUUUUUGUUGAUUUAUUUUGUUUUAAAAGAUAUAUUUAUGUCGCAGUUUUUUUUGUAUCUUAUAAAUUGUUGGUUGUGAUUGAGGAAUGAAAUGAAUACAAUAUAGAGCGUCCAAAUAUAUUAUUCGAAAAAUUGUGGAUAGAGGAUGGAAUUUUAAGUUGAAAAGUCCUUUGACGAGUUAGAGCUUCUUUUGUAUCGUUUUUGAUUUUAAGAAUUUCUCGAUUAAUGUUAAGAAAAAUGGAAGUUUUAUAAAAAGCAAAGUUGAAAGAAUUAAAAUUUACUUCAAUUUACUAUCAGACCAUUUAUUUGUUUACCUUAUAUUUACAGAGAAAUUUACGUUCAACGUUCUUAAUAUUAAAAUUUGAGUUUUUUUUCGAAAAUUGGGAUUUUCCUCCAAUGCAUCCGAAUUUCAUUCUCUAUCUAUAAUUUUUGUGCUAUUUAUUACUGCUGGAACACUCUGUAUUAUAAUUGCAAUGCAAUAAAAAUGCAAUGACUGAAA